AUGGGUAUCGCACCAGAGCUUCAGGACAGGCUUGACCGUUUGCGAGAAUAUUCAGCUUGUGAUAUAUCGGACGCAUUGCUGAAGCUGCAGAAGCCGAGGGCAGGCGAGGUUGCUCGGGCGGGGUAUCUUGCAGACAUCGGUCCCAUCCCUUCAUCAUCUGGCGAGAAGGUGAUCGCUCCUGCAUGCACUUUGAAACUGGUGUCGAAGAACGCUCCACCUUCCUCGCCGCCGCCCGCAGAAAGCACAGUUCCAAAGGGCAGUCACUGGGUAGACUUGACCGAACCCGGAUCCAUUGUGGUCAUUGAUCAGCCUGAAGGCCAAAAAUGCGCAGCCGUGGGAGGCAUAAUGGCCCAGAGAAUGAAAGCAAGAGGAGUAGCUGGCUGUGUCGUCGGUGGUCGUGUAAGGGAUAUGGUUGAGCUGCAGAACUCUCAGUUGCCAAUCUUCGCCUUGGGAAGGUCAACUGUCGGAACCAAUGCCGAAUCGACGGUGUAUGCACGCAACAUCCGGGUGACGAUAACUGGCGUCAGCGUCUCCCCAGGUGACAUUCUCUUCUGCGACCCUGUAGAAGGGGUUGUUGUGAUUCCGCGAGAUCUGCUGGAUGAGACUCUCUCACUCAUUCCAAAGCUGGUCGCAGAUGACGACAAGGUGAAAGACGCUGUGCAAAAUGGGAUGACAGUCGCAGAGGCAUUUAAGACUUUCAGAAGCUGA